CUGCUGGACCUUCAGCAAUGUUGGAAAGUGUUGAACUGACUUGGACCAACAUGGCGGUGGGGAAGGUGACCUUUGUGAAAGCGGAGCGGGAGAAGUUGGCUGAAGUCCUCUGGCUGCUGAACUGGAUCUCUGUGGUGAUGGGAGCCAUCCUCUUCAGUUUGGGUUCAUUCCUCAAAGUGGAGAUCCAGAAGUGGCAGGAUGUGAUGUCAGACCAGGGCGUCCUCUACGUGCCGCACAUGCUGAUCACCACGGGCAUGGUGGCCUGCGGCAUCAACUUCCUGGGCAGGAAGAUCUGCCUGGACUGUACUGACACGGCUAAGUUCCUGCGCUGGAAGCUGGUGAUGAUGCCAUACAUUCUGUGCACCUUCUUCUUCACUUCCUGCAUCCUGGUGGGGGUGCUGAUGUGCUACAGCAUCCGCAGCCAGUUGGAAGAGUCGCUGUUUGUGGGUCUGCGGAAUGGCAUGCGCUACUACAAGGACACGGACACGCCCAGCCGCUGCUACCUGAAACAGACUCUGGACCUGCUGCAAAUCCAGUUCCAGUGCUGCGGGAACUCUGGCUACCAGGACUGGUUCCAUGUCCAGUGGAUCAGCAGCCGGUACCUGGAUAUGACCAACAGUGCCGUGGUGGACCGCCUGAGGAGUAACGUGGAAGGGAAGUACCUGCUGGACAGCGUUCCAUUCAGCUGCUGCAGCAUCUUCUCCCCUCGGCCCUGUAUCCAGCAUCAGGUCACCAAUAACUCCGCCCACUUCAGUUUUGACCAGCAGAGCCAGCAGCUGAACCUGUGGAGGCGGGGCUGCCACCAGGUACUGCUGGACCACUACACUGGUAUCAUGCAGUCCAUGGGCCUCACCAUGCUCCUCAUCUGGCUCUUUGAGCUGCUGGUCCUGACUGGUGUCCGUUACCUGCAGACAGCCAUGGAGAACGUUAUCCGGUUGGGUGAUCCUGACUUGGAGUCGGAUGGCUGGAUUCUAGAGAACAGCCUGGCAGAAACAGCCCAGUUAAAUUUUAAUAUUAUUAAGAACCUUGGGAAGUGUUACCAGGUUGACGAAGACCCGAACAUUAAUGUCCCGACUUCAGGAGUCCAUCAGGAGGUGACGUCCUCAGGGGUCCAGGUGAACAUUCGUGGCUAACAGUUGAACACU